AUGGGGGCGGGCUGCGCCAAGAACGCCGUGGGGGAUCCCCUGCGGCCUCUGGCUGCCGAUUCAUUUGCUGCUGAAUCUAGCCGAAGGGGUUCUUCCUCUUCGUUGCCCCCCCAGCAGCGGCAGCAGCAGCAGCAGCAACAGCAGCAGCUGCAGCAGGCUUCGGGCUGCGCCAAGAACGCCGUGGGGGAUCCCCUGCGGCCUCUGGCUGCCGAUUCAUUUGCUGCUGAAUCCAGCCGAAGGGGUUCUUCCUCUUCGUUGCCCCCCCAGCAGCGCCAGCAGCAGCAGCAGCAGCAGCAGCAGCAGCAGCUGCAGCAGGCUUAUGCACAAGCUAGUAGAUCGAGGUCAUCUGGCCUCAGUGUUUCCAGCAGCGGGAGAAGCUCGCGCUUGUCUCUUAUACCGCAGCCACCUCCCCGCGUAGCAGCAGCAGCAGCAGCAGCAGCAGCAGCACAAUCACGCACAGGAAACAUUCGUCGUCGCUCCAGCAGCGUCUCUUCUAAGAAAUCUGCAGCCCCUGCUGCUCACCCGAGUAUACCUCCUCAAGGAGCAGCAGGAUCAGGUCCUGCUGCUGCUGCAGCAGGUGCAGGAGCAGCAGCAGCUGCAGGUGCUUCUGCUGCAGCAGAUUCAUCGCAGCAGCAUCAACAGCCGCAUUUGUCAUCGCCACAGCAGCAGACUGUGGAUCCUACAGCUGCAGCCCAGCAACAGCAACAGCAGCAACAGCACAGCAGCAGCAGCAGCAGCAGCAGCACAAUCACGCACAGGAAACAUUCGUCGUCGCUCCAGCAGCGUCUCAGCAGCAGCAGCAGCAGCAGCAGCAGCUGA